AAACAGGUGUCCUCACCGCCUUGCUCGCUGACGGUGCACGGAGGUGAGUUCGAUGCUCCUCCACUCGCAAGCCUCUCCAAGGCGUCCGGUGGGGUCGGGUCGGGUCGGGUUGGGUUGGCGACCUGCUUCGGAAAGGGAUUGCAUUCCUCUUGGCUCGCGGAGUCUGGCCCACCCAAGCGACUGGGCCAGGCCGCCGGGCGCUUUGCGUGUCCGUACGGCAACGACAGGCUCGCAGAUCGGCCAGACGCCUGGGCCGUCAAUCGCACCAGUUCCUCCUCGAACUGA